AUGGCUAGUUCUGUCAUACUAGCGGGGCUUGGGAUGGCUGCCGUCGGCUUUGCAGGUCGUUAUAUUCUUAGGCAGAUUCCAAACGCGUCGUCGAAAUUUGCCGAAGCUAUGAAAAAUCUACCCAAAUUUGAUUCAGAGUCCUUGGCAAAUUCAAAAUAUUAUAAGGGUGGUUUUGAGCCUAAGAUGACGAAAAGAGAAGCUGCUUUGAUCUUGGGUGUUAGUCCUACAGCCAAUAAAUCUAAGAUUCGCGAAGCUCACAGAAGAAUAAUGUUAUUGAAUCACCCAGACAAAGGAGGAUCUCCACUUAUUGCAGCAAAAAUUAAUGAGGCAAAAGAUAUGCUUGAAAGUGGAAAAUCAUGA